GCUUGAGUGAAUGUGAACUAUUAUUGCAGCUCAAUGAGUUUAAAUGUGACCAUCUCUGAAGUUCCGGCAACAAAGCUCAACGGCUACACUUUUGUUUCGGAUCUACAAUGGCUCCUUACAUGUUGUGAUGAGCGCUUUCUGACAGAUACGAGCAAAUGGAUUCUAGAAAUUCUUGCUUAUUGCCCCGAAGCAUGGAUUCGUAAAUAUGCUGAAACAUCCGCUGAUGUCCUUAGCCCAGGCUCUUCUUCUUCCAGUGCAUGCCCUGUUCAAUGGCCCACUGUGACUCCAGGAAACCGUGCUCUUCUUUUUGGGAAAAAUCUGCUUAUAAAUCGCGACUUCGCUCGCGCAUCAUUUUUCCUGCAGAAGUCCAAAGGCCUAGGACCUGUCGAGAGAUUUUUGUACUAUUGGAGCAAAUAUCUGGGCUCUAUCAGGUCUCGUCUUGAGAAGGAUGCUGAAGCUAUAGAUAGGAAGGCCGUGGAGCAUAGUGAUGACCGCGGGUUUGCAGAAUUGUUGCGAGAAAUUGAGAAGGAAGAUCGCUCAUCCGAUAUAUUUCUACUCUAUUUAGAAGGUAAAAUCCAGGCCGCUUUGGGGGUGACGCAGACAGCAGCUGCGACCAUGAAAGCAGUUUUGAAAUUGGACUCCCGCUUUUGGCCGGCAUGGGAGGAACUUAUACAAUUAAUAGAUAAAGUUGAUGAGAUUGCAGCUUGUAAGUCCUUAUGUAGUCUACCAGUGGAGUCGUCAUGGAUGCCGGAUUGGUUCGAGAGUUUGGCUCUCUCCCGUUUUCACAUGGACAACGAAGCACUCAAGAAAGCAGAAUAUUUGACAUCGCGAGGCCUACCCGGAAUCCCAAUGAUUCUUACUCAAAUCGCUGCAUGCUCAAAUCAUUUACAUGAUCAUGAAAAAACCGUGGAGGUGUUCAAAUCAAUCCGCGCUAUGGAUCCGCUUCGAAUAGACAAGAUGAAUCUCUACUCGGAUUCACUUUACAUUCGGGGUGAUCGUGUGCAACUCUGUGAUCUCGCUCAUUCUUUCUUCGAAACGCAUAAAUUCUCUUUCGAAACGUGUUGUAUAGUAGGUAAUUAUUAUGGACUUAGACGGGAGAACGAGCAAGCCAUUCGGUUCUUCCAAAGAGCGCUGAGAUUGAAUCCAAGUGUAGCCUCGAUCUGGGUGCUUGUUGGCCACGAGUUCAUGGAGCUGAAAAAUAAUGCAGCAGCUUGCAUGUCAUACAGAAGGGCUAUCGAAGUGGAUCCAAAAGAUUAUCGAGGGUGGUAUGGGCUCGGUCAAAUGUACGACAUAAUAAAAAUGCCGACAUACUCGCUCUUCUACUACCAGCAAGCACAUCUCUGCAAACCGCAAGAUUCGCGGAUGCUAGUGGCACUCGGAGAUGUUUACCAGAAAAUGGGUCGACUUCGAAAUGCAGAGAAAUGUUUCAUCUCUGCAUUCAAAUAUGGAGAUGUGGAGGGCACCGCAUUGUGGAUGCUGGCGAAGUUAUACGAAUCUGAAAACCAGAUGCAGCGAGCAGCACGGUCAUAUGAGGAGUAUCUAAGAGAAUACCAGGAAUUGGAGGAAAGCGAGAGCGAAAAUGUUGUUUACUGUGUACAAUUUCUCGCCAAGCAUUACCUUGAACAGCGUGAUGUGGAGAAGGCGUUUUAUUAUGGACAGAAAUGUCUUGAGCAUGAUUCUAUAUCGGAAGAGGGUCGGUUUGUUUUGCGUGCAGCUGAAGCGAUGAAAGACGAUAUGGACAAGCAGAAAAACGACGAAGCUCCUAUUGAAGACUCUUUUACCACUACUGGAUUCGACAUAACUCGUCCAUCGACCAGCAUGGGUGGUGACGAUUCAGAGAUGAUAAUUUCCGAAGGAGAAGGGGAUGAGUCUUUCUAAAAUCCAAUGUUGACAACGAGGAGAUAGAGGACAGCGAAGUUCCAAGCGUACUGUUUUGCUCUAACUAAGAGAAUGAAUGGCGCGACACGACCAGUAGAAGUAAUUGAAAUCUACUACUGAAGAUUUGUUGUUUGACAUAUUUUACUUAUCUGUACAGUCUGAAGAAGAUAAAUUGGAGUUAUU